AUGUACAGGCGACUGGCCCAGUGUCUCUCCCGCCACUGCCCACAAGUGUCAGAUGUUUAUGCCCAGCAUACCCGGAGAGCAUCCUGCCUGCCUGGCUCACUUCCAGCAAUGCCAGCUUGUGAUUUUCAGCCACAGCCACAUGAGGGCCCAGACUUGCAGACAGUCAAGAACAUUCGCAAGAACAAGCUGAUCCCUGGGCUGAUCACCUACUACAAGGAGCCGGUCUACGUCCACCAGGGACACAUGCAGUACCUGUGGGACACCAGUGGCAGGCGCUAUCUGGAUCUGUUUGCUGGCAUUGUCACUGUCAGUGUUGGCCAUUGCCACCCUACCGUUGUGGCAGCAGCAGAGAAACAGUUGAGAAAACUCUGGCACACAACCAACAUCUACCUGCACCCAAAGAUCCAUGAGUAUGCCGACCAGCUGGUGUCCAAAUUGCCUGGAGAUCUGAAGGUGGUAUAUCUCACAAAUUCAGGAUCUGAAGCUAAUGACCUGGCUGUGUUGAUGGCAAGAAUGCAUACAGGAGUCUUUGAGGGCAUUUCUCUCAGAAAUGGAUAUCAUGGGGCCAGCCCAUACUUAAUGGGUGUGACAGCCCUGUCCACAUGGCGCUACAACACUCCCACAGGAUUUGGCUUUCACCACUCUGUGAACCCUGACCCCUACCGAGGGCCAUGGGGAGGUAAACAUUGCCGGGAUUCUCCUGCUCAACCAGGAAGACCUUGUGACUGUGUGCUGGGUCAGUGCCAGGCCUGUGAUCUUUAUGUGGAUCAGUUGGAGGAUGUGCUCAGAUAUUCUGUUCCUAAAGGACGUGUGGCCUGUUUCAUUGCUGAGGCCAUUCAGGGGGUGGGUGGUUCAGUCCAGCUUCCUGAUGGCUUCCUCAAGAAAGCUUAUGAGAAAAUCCGAGCCUAUGGGGGUCUUUGUAUCGCUGAUGAGGUCCAGACAGGUUUCGGGAGAAUGGGAUCCCACUACUGGGGGUUUGAGAGCCAGGGAGUGACCCCAGAUAUUGUCACUAUGGCUAAAGGUAUUGGCAAUGGAUUUCCUAUGGGAGCAGUGGUGACCACCCCAGAGAUUGCCCAAACUAUGGGCAGGGCUUUACACUUCAACACCUUUGGAGGCAAUCCACUGGCCAGUGCUGUUGGAUCAGCUGUCCUGGAUGUCAUUGACAAAGAAAGAACUCAGGCCUUGUGUGCCAACCUUGGCACUUACUUCAUCACAGAACUGGACAAACUCAGGUCAGAAUUUGAGGUCAUUGGAGAUGUCAGGGGCAAAGGUCUCAUGAUUGGCGUGGAGCUAGUCAAAGAUAAGAAAUCCCGGCAGCCACUGGCAGCUGAGGAGAUGGCAUCCAUCUGGGAGGACACCAAGGACAUGGGCGUGCUGAUUGGCAAAGGUGGACUCUACGGCAAUUGUCUCCGCAUCAAGCCUCCCAUGUGUAUCACUAAAGCAGAUGUGGAUUUCAGCCUGGCCGUCCUCAGGUGUGCUUUACAGAAACAUCAAGACAGUCAGUAG